GUAGGUAAGUGUUGCACAAGUGGAAAGCAGCCAAUUUCUACGCUCAAAAGUUUUGCUCAGCCCGCGCCCAAAAAAACCUGAAAUUCCCUCUCUCUCUUCCCCCUCCCCCCCUCUUGCAGUUCUUAGUUACAGGCAUGGAGCCCUCAAAAGCAGCAAUGGUGUCUGCACAAUCUCCUUCCGAUGUUCCACUCCUUCCACCGCUCGAUGGCCAAUUUCAGCUCUCAUCUGUCGUAUAUGGUUUGUUCUCUCUUCACGCUCCUGCUAUCGCUGCCAUUCAAAUUUUCUGUUCACGCGUUUCUUUUAGACUGUUCAAAAUGUAUAUCUCACAGCAGAUUCAAGUAGCAAUGGAAAGCAUGCUGAAGAUGAUAAAUGAAAUUGAUCAAAACUCUGCUGAAAUAAUGGAAGACAUAGAGAAAUCCAAGGAGUAUGCUCUUGAGAGGAGGAAAUUCUUGGAGGAAGAGAAGGAACGUUUUCAGCAAGCUGCUUAUGCCGCCUUAGACAUUCUCAACAAGAGAGAAAAUAGCUGAUUCUGAGUUUUUGGGAACUGUGAAGACAACAAACUCUAUUUUGUGAGGGCUGCUUCAUCUUACAACUAUAGUUGAGGCUAUCACCAUUUUGUUGGAUGAAACCUUUUGCAGGAUUCGGUUUGAUAAAUGGUCACUGCUUGUAUCAAGUAGAUAUUUGGUCCUCCCAAAUCUUGCAAUAUUCAGUCACUGACUCUCUUUGUUAGUAGAAUUUUUUUGUUGGGAAGAGUCAAUAUGUAGAUUUCCUCCCUAUUUUCCCAAUAAUUGAUGAUUGCUGAAUAUGCUAGACCUGGUCAUUGAAUUAGAAGCAAAAUGCUGUGGUGCUGUGAUAACAAGAAGCAUACAGAACUUGUAUAGAAACAAACAGGACCCUUAAUCUUGGUCUUAUUCAUGUACCAUUCGCUUUUAUUCCUCUGCACCAUGUUUCUCAAUCGAGGUGAUUGAUAUCUUGUGGAACAAGAUUUUUAAAGUAGUUUUCUUUUAU